GCUCUCAAUCUCAAUUCUACAAGAGGGAUGGAACAAUCACCCAACUGUGAAAUCCACCAUUGCUCUAAUAACUAUUACAUUCAAAUCCUGUCUCAGAAAUUCAAUCAUCUACUAUUCUUUCCCUGAUCUAAAUUUAUUAAUCUAAAGCUAUGUGAACUUGGCCGUAUACACCACAAGCAAGCUUAUGAACUUCAUUAAUUUUGAGUCAGAACUUUAUUUGAGGAAGAGGAUUAAUAGAACUGAUUGAUUUAGCAGCUGAAAUUAGAAGUUCAGGAGAGUAUUUUGACAAUACCGGUCGAAGGGAAGUUCCUAGAAUGUGAAAUAUUUUGAUGUAUCAACAUAUUAAAAAGAUGUACGCAGUACUCGUUAGCAAUUAUGCACAUACAAUAAUUGUUUAAAAUGAAAUAAUAAAAACGUGAUGCCUACAUACAAAUUAUAUUUUAUUAUUAUAAGAUGCAUCUUAUCUAAAUAAUUAGGUUAGCAUCUAUUAAUUAUUGUACGUAAUAAUAAUUUGAUCGAGUUCAUGUACUGUGUUUGUUACUUUAUGACUUAUGUAACUUUCUAAAAUGCUAUAAAUAUUCAAAAAAAAAAAUUAAAUUGGGGAAAAAAUGACAUGACCAAACACGUCCACAACACAUGGAGCCAAAGACAACCGACCAGAGAACAUCGCCCACACAUUUUUCCCUUAAUUGAUGAUAAGCUUCCUGCAAAAUCUUACAAACACAACACAACUCAAGCUCCUCUUGUUCUGUUGAUACAUAUCUAUAUCUCUAUUUUAUACUGCACAAGUUCAAACAAAUAUUACCAUAUUAAUUAUAUGGCUGUCGAGGGGAAUGAGAGCCGGCGGCCUCAUGUGGUUCUGCUCCCGACGCCGGGAAUGGGCCACGUGAUCCCGCUGGCGGACUUCGCCGUUCGGCUCGCUGCCGCCCACAGCUUCUCCGCCACCCUCCUCACCUUCUCCAACUUCAACUCCCCGGCGCAGGCCGCCUUCCUCGCCUCCCUCCCCUCCGACUCCGUCACCUCCGUCUCCCUCCCCUCCAUCUCCCUCUCCGACCUCCCCCCCGACUCCCCGAUCGAAGUCCAUCUCUGCGCGCUCCUCACCCGAUGCCUCCCCCUCCUCCGCGACGCCUUCCUCUCCUUCCGAAACCCCGCCGCCGCCUUCGUCUGCGACCUUUUUGGGUCCGUGACGCUGUCGCUGGUGCGGGAGCUCGGUGUGCCGGGUUACAUAUUUUACCCUACCAAUCUUAGGAUGCUCACCCUCGCGCUGCACCUGCCCCGGCUCGACGAGACCACCGACGUCGACUUCGAAGACCUCCCCGACCCCGUCUGCCUGCCAGGCUGCGUCGCCAUACGCGGGACGGACUUCCCCGACCCCUUGCGCAAGAAGUCACACCCCGCGUACGCUCCGCUCAUCCGGAUCAUGAGCAGUGACGCGGCCGGGAUCCUGGUGAACAGCUUCGAGGAGAUGGAGAAGGAGGUGCUGAAAGCCAUCAGAGAGGAGGAGCAAGCGGAAGCAGGGAGGCCGCCGGUCCACCUGGUGGGUCCGAUGGUCCGGUCCGGUUCGGAUGAGGCGGACGAGUCGGGCUGCCUGGAGUGGCUGGACCGGCAGCCGGCCGAUUCGGUUUUAUUCGUGUCUUUCGGGAGUGGCGGCUCCCUCUCGACGGAGCAGAUGCAGGAGAUGGCACUCGGGCUGGAGGCCAGCGGGCAGCGCUUCCUUUGGGUUGUCAGGUGUCCCAGUGACAAAGAAAAGAACGCCGCCUUUUUCACAUCAGGAAGCAAGGAUGAUCCUUCGAACUACCUUCCGGAGGGCUUCUUGGAACGGACAAAGGACGUGGGCCGCGUGGUGUCGUCGUGGGCGCCGCAGGUCAAGGUGCUGGCCCAUGCUGCGACUGGCGGCUUCUUCUCACACUGCGGCUGGAACUCGGCGCUGGAGAGCACCGUGCAUGGCGUGCCGAUGAUUGCGCACCCGCUCUAUGCCGAACAGCACUGGAAUGCCGUCCUGCUCACCGAGGCGGUCGGAAUCGCCAUCCGGCCGCGGUCAAGGGACCCCUACGGUGUCGUCGGCAGGGAGGAGAUCGCGGCGGCGGUGAAGGAAUUGAUGCAGGGGGAGAAGGGCAAGGCGCUGCGGUGCCGCACCAAGGAGUUGCAGGAGGCGGCGGCGAGGGCGCUCGCACCGCCGGACGGGUCCUCAUACAAGGCGCUGCAGGGAGUUGCCAAUAAGUGGAAGGAGGGAGCGAGCCUGCGCGUAGCAAGUACUUGAAACGAAUUUUAUAAAAUAUUAUUGAUGAAUUAAUAUUAAUAUAGUCCACAAGUUAGUAAUUUAAUGUGGUGUCUUUAUAUCGCUCUCUAUCAUAAGCUUUCUAUUUUGACACUCAAUUUUGUAAAAUAUUUUGUAAUUAAGUUUCAAAUGCCUCUUGAGUCUUUCAAUAACGUCUUGUAUUAAAAUC